AUCGCCAACACCACACCAAGUCACCCGCUAUAGCCCUUGUCCCUGCUACCAAAUACCACACUAAACCCGAACACAUGCAAUCAUGGACCCUCGUGCGUCCUCCUCCUCCUCAAUCCCCAUCGUCACUCUCUCCGCACCCCACGACGAUGGCCCCUCUGGCUCCGGCUCUGGCUCUCACUCGCCCUCGCCUUCGCCUUCCGAAAAGGGCCGUCGCCGCUCGCGGCGCGAUGCUCUCAGACACAGCUUCUCCGGCGAACGGCUCAAAGAGAAACUCGAAGACUUUGCCAGCCACAAGCCCGACGCCAGCUCGGGUAAACCGCACGACCGGUUGUUGAACAUGCUGCUACAGCAGAUGAUUCCUACCGAGGGCGCGGAUGACGACCAGCGCCCCAAGGAUAGACGCUCGAGGAAAUAUGUCGAGCGCCCGGGCUUCAGCAUCCCCGCCAUGUCGGCCAAUUUCCGCCGUUUCAACGCUAGAAUCGGUGUCGUCUUCGUCUUUCAGAACCGAAUUAUCAGGUUGUUCUCAUGGAAAGAUCCUACUCACACCCUGUCCUUCCUAGCCAUCUACUCCUUUGUCUGCCUCGAUCCCAACCUGCUGGCCGUCCUGCCAUUAGCAGCAUGUCUGUUCUUCGUCAUGGUGCCCUCCUUUCUUGCUAGACAUCCACCUCCUCCCUCCCAUUUACCAACCGACCGUCAGCCUUUGCACGGUCCACCUAUCGCUCCCCCACAGAACAUCAAACCCGCGCCGGAGUUUAGCAAGGACUUCUGGCGUAACAUGCGCGAUCUCCAGAACAGUAUGGAAGAUUUCAGCAAACUGCAUGAUACUGCCGUUGCUAUGAUUGCUCCGCCGACAAACUUCUCGAACGAAUCGCUCUCUACCGCCAUCUACCUACUCAUUUUCGUCACUUCUUGCGCCCUCUUCAUUGCUGCCCAUCUGCUCCCUUGGCGGCUUGUUGCCCUAGUGGCAGGCUGGGUUGCCGUUGGCUCUUUGCAUCCCAAGGCACAAGCUUUCCUUGAGAGCUUGCAUGUCGAUUCGUUCGUCCAAGAGCAGAGCGAGGUCGCCAAUUCCUGGCUCAAUGCCUUUGCGAACAGCGACAUCGAUCUCAGCCGGGCACCGGAGCAACGUGAAGUCGAAGUCUUCGAGUUGCAGCGUCGCGCCAACUCUGCUCCGGAUGCCGAGUUUGAGCCGUUCCUGUUCAGCAACAGCUCGUACACGCCGUUGAGUCCGACGCGUAUCGCAGGUGAUCGGCCGCGGGGGACACGCUUCUUUGAAGACGUACAACCCCCGCGCGGCUGGCGGUGGGCGGACAAGAAGUGGGUGCUAGAUCUGAUGAGCCGAGAAUGGGUCGAGGAUCGGUGCGUGACGGGUGUCGAAGUGGAAGUCGAGGGGGAGAGGUGGGUGAGUGACAUCCACUACGAGACGGAAGUGAUUAUCAACGAAGAGAUGCCGAGUAGCCCUGCACAAAGCCCCACGUUUGGCGGCCCGGCGAGGAACGCGGCCAAAAGCUGGGAAGAGAGCAACGGGUUGAGCAGGAAGGGUAUGUGGCGCAGGAGGAGGUGGGUAAGGCUCGUGGAAAGGCGCCCCAUUCCUCCACCUGAAGACGUCUAUAUGAGUUCCGGUGGCAACAUCACCGGGCCAUUCUAGAAGCUGAGAGCUCCUUCCUGCUUAUGAUAUUACUGGAGACGCCUCGAGGAGGGCGUCUACGUCGACGAUGCCUCUAUACUCUGCUAGGCAUUUUUGUCUAAUACUGACCCAACAACCAAACCUCCUAAUCGGCCAUGGCCAUAGACCACACUUCAGGAUCCGACGCCUCGCUCUCGAUUAUGAACAAAGAAAGUGGCUCAAGUACGAGUAUGCAACAGUAUUGAGCGCACACAUGUAUAAAUGAAUGUUCUUAUAAACUUAACAAUUCGG